AUGGCUGUUCUUAACAAAGAAAGCAAAAAAAAGAUCUUGCUAUCUUACACUAUAUAUCAUGCUGUGCUGGCCGUGUUGGCGUUUGGUCUAAACUUUGUUAGACAAGUUGCCAGGAACUUUAAGGUUGAAGAAGAAUGUGUAGGUUUUUUACUUACUUUGUUAUACUAAAGCUUUCUUUGUGGACAUUUUUAUAUCGAAAUGGUGUGUUAGGUUCUAUAUUGCAUUGUAGUUUUGUAAUAAUGAAGUAUUUAUUAUAAAACACGAGCUAUAACAAAAGUAUGAUUGUUCAUAUAAGCCUCCCUAACCUUAAAAAUUUGCUUUCAGGGUGCCAUACUGUUCUAUUUGCAAAUACUAACAAAUAUUAUUGCUUCGUGUUACGCCCUUUUGUACCUAUAUCAUUAUAUAAAACAAAACUACGACUUUUUGACUAGUAAACCUGUCUACCGUCAUUUUAGUGGUAAGUUUUUUAGGACUAAUUUUUUUAGUAUUAUAUUAUAGAUAUGAGGACUGGGUUCAGGAGUUACACUGUUAAUGAAAUGGAAUAA